AGCUUGUUUCACGGGUUUAAUGAAUUUCCUUAUCCUAGUGCUAAAUUGUGGUAAUCCCUAAAAAUAUUAUAAAUGACAGAUUACUAAUAAUAAUAAUAAUAAUAAUAAUACUCGAGUGAGGUCAUUUUACCUGUGAAACAAAUCUUGACUAUUAAAGUGUGAUAGUCACAUAGAAACGAAGAAAACAAUGCAACUAGAGGCUACUAUGGUGUAUUAGKGUUAUAUCUAUUUCACGGGUUUUUGACUCGCUCUAUUCUUUCUAAAGCCUUUUGUGGUAAUUUUAUGGUCUGUAAUUAUGUGUAAUGUUAGGAAUCGCACGACCRAUAGUACAUAUAUUGACACUGUAACCAUCGCAGUAUCAGCCAUCUGAGGGAAUACGAAAAGAUCUCAUUCGAGGCUGCGUACAUCGCUACUGCAGCAAAGAUGGAUGAACAAGAAUUAAAGGACGACAACGAGUCUUUCGUAGGCUUCUUUCCGCAUGAGAACGACACACAAGAGGAGAAAAUCAGACGUGCGUUAAAAAAUAGCGAGGACAUCGACGAGAUAAAGAAACUUAUCACACCAUGGAGACUGGGAAAUUGCAAGACUAACGUCUUAGAAAUGUCUUUAAAGGUUUCAUAUUCACUAAAGCAAUCACCUGAAGGCCCACACCAAAAUCAGCUGUUCGCUCUCGGCGAUUCCGUUGAAGACUUUGCUUUCCAUCUUUUAAAGAACUCAAGACACGAUGAAAUAACAUCAAAACCAGAGUUUAAUGAAUGUAUCAAUCGMAUCACGUGCUUAGCGAUUCAUUACAGAUGCAAAAAGUUUCUAUCAGGUUCGAUGUCCCAGAAUUUUCUCAGGAAGUUGUGGACAACCAGGUUCUAUAAGUCAAAAGAUGUUUCGGUCCAAUGGAUCAUGAGCAAUGUCUGGGGAAUCUUUGAAGUGGUAUUGUUUCCAAUCGUCUUCUUGCUUCUUUUUGUUCAUCACAUCUUCUCAAGAAGACGCCAUAGAAAAAGGAGCAGAGUUUGGUCAGACAGUUUCAAGAUAGACUACUAUGAAGUCUACAGAAAACACUUUGAGAUCCCUUACUUCAUCUUCCUACGAGACACCCUGAGCUUUUUAGUGUUACUAUUCCUCCAUAUCGCUGUGUGCAUACAGCCUUCACGUCUACGAUUAAGUAUUCUAGAAUGGAUCAUCAUGGUGUUCUUCAUUGGUCGUAUUAUGAUUGAAAUUGAUCAAUUUCUAUGGGAAAGAGAUGAAAAGGAACGACUUGACAUAACACGAUUAACGUCUAAUUAUACAGACGAUUUUUGGAACAAACUCGACAUUAGCACAAUACUGGUGUACCUCACUGUACUGGUUCUACGCAUCGUCGCAUGGGCUUUGAACAGUGAAAACGAGUUGAUCAUCGCCGCUUCUUAUCUGUAUGGCUUCAAUGCUGUUCUCCUUACGUUAAGGGUGUUCGGGCAAACGAUGGAAGUCAGGCAGUCAACAGGCAUCAAACAGAUUGCUUUACUGCGCAUAAUCAGUGCCGUAUUGGUGAUCUUUGUCCAAGUGGUCGCGGCUAUUUUGGCGUUUUCUUUGAUUUUGACAAAAAUCUACGUUGCUGAGAUAAGUCAUGCUAAAUCUCAUAAUAAUACUCACGGGAUAUGUCAUAUAAAGGCUGGUGGGAUUGAGUGCUGGUGGCAUUUUUUUGAGUUCCUGGCUUGGUCCAUUGUUGGAAACGUUGAACCAGACCUCCUAACACUUCAUACCCGCUCAUCAAACUACUUCAGUAAAGUGCUUUACAUGUUGUUUUUAAUCGUUGCUGCAGUAAUGAUCAUGAACAUGCUGAUCGCCUUGUUAUCGAACACUUAUCAACACGUUGAGGACAACGCAUACUUUGAGUGGUGUUACCGCAAAGCMAGUAUAAUCAAGACUUACUGUAAUUAUCACCCAGUACCAGUCCCUUUCAACAUCAUAACUCUAUCAUCCAAGGUUAUUUUUUACUUGAUUCUGAAAAUGAGYUGCACCUGGCACAAAAAAUGCUCUAAGGCAUUAUUUAGAACAAAGAGCAGCAAAAAAUGGAAAAAGUGUCUGGAAGACUUCUGCAAGAAUCGUAAAGCAGAGUAUUUGGCCAAAUAUGGAAAUACCUUUAUACUACAAGGAAACAAAACAAAGAGACUGAUGAAGAAUACUCAGCGUCUUUUGCAAAAUAUCGCCGGAGAGUCUUUUAAUAAGGAGAUGAAUUCAAGCAGCACUUCGGAAUGGGUAUUUCAAGAGACUCAGCUUAACAUCGAUGAUGGGCGAUUGAUUUACCUGAGAUGUACAGAUUGCGACAGAAGAUAUGAAUGCAUCCAUGGUGCUUUGCAUAAGAACAGCCUUUCCAAAUACAAACCUGGAUUCGAGGUUUUAAUCCAGCAAUGUGGCAAGAAGCGGUACUUUGGAAUUGGUCUUACAAGUGAGGACUACAAGCUUGAUUGUUUCCCAGGAUCCCAAGAGCACAGCGUCGGUUAUCAAGCUCACAUGGGAACGAUCUUUGAUAACCACGAUAGAGAAUUUGGAACGGAGGGCGAUGAUGCCUUGGCUUUUACCGGAGACUUGAUUGGUUGUCGAGUGCUGUUUGAUAAAGAAAGAGAUGAUGGCUAUSUAYCGGUACAAUUCACUCUUAAUGGUCAAAUUAUUGGAACUACGCACACGAAACGCGAAAGUCUCCAUCCUUUUGUAGCAAUGGCCUAUCCUGGGAUUAAAAUGGUUUUUAGGUUUUUUAGAUCAGAUCAUAAAAAUCCUGCCAAUGAGCUUAAAGACACCAUGCAAAUYUCCCUCAGCGAAUUUCGCAAAGAAGUGAAACAAAUCAGAGAGGAAGUUCGACAACUAAGAGWAGAAAUGAUCAGACUUCAAAACAAAGUGAGAUGUUACAAGUGCUGUACCACAAACAACGAGUACAUCAGUUGUCAUGGUAACAUUGUUAACCUUGGUGUGUAUUGCUAUACUGUGGCCUGGGGCCAUCAUUGUCAAUUGCUUAGUGUGUGUAUUGGUCAUAAAGUACCAGGUAAUGAGGACGUUCACUAAUGGUUUGGUAGUAUCCCUUGCCUUGUCCGACAUUCUGACUGGUAUAGUCAUAUUAACUCAAUAUCUCAUCGGCUUCAACAAUCGUAUUGUCAUCAAC